AUGGUAACAAUUAGAGAUAGUUCUUACUUGACUAAAUCUAUAACUACUACAAUCGGCUCGUUGGCGAUUGCUGCAAAGCAAGAACAAGAAGAAAAAGAAUUACAAAUGAAUCGUGUUAGGAGAGGUGCGCCAAAGGCAGCUGUGAUCUCCUCCGCUGUGGGUCUCUCAACUGCAGAUGAUGUCCCAUUGUUGGUAUCUGACAAUGAAGAUUAUUCUGACAACGAGUCCGCUUGCUCUAGAACAGGUGACUCUUCGCCUAAGUCUGCCACUGCAGAAUCGGUGAAGAGAGAGUUGAAGAUAGAAUCAAGCAAAAGUCCAGAGAGCUCAGAAGAAGAGUCAUCUCCCAAAUCAGAGACUGAAGCUAGUAACUCACAAGAAGUCAACGAGCCCGUUGUUCUCUCUAAUGCUCAAUUCGUAAAGGAAAGAACCCAACUCAUGACUAUUGUAGUUAAGUACAUGGCAAGCAAGAUUAACAAUUCUUUCCCACCAGAAUCAACGAAGCAUACAAGCAAAAAGGAAUUACCCUUGGAGAAAUUCUUACUCAUCUUGACCCUGAGAUUAAACUUGUCCUUGCAACUUUUCAUGCAAGGUAUGAUAUAUCUCUUCCGUUAUAUGGAUAUUGUGUACUUGUUGCGUUAUCUUAACCAGACCAACAAUUUCGUUAGUUACAACGAAAUGCAAUUUUCCGUAAAGAAAUUGAUCAUUGGAUGUUUCAAAAUUACUUUGAAGAACCAUCGUAUUAACAAGUUGAACUGGGAACAUAUUACCGGAUUACAAGGUGAAGAGUUAGACAAUAUUGUCGGAGUCUUGACCUCAAGAAUGAAUGGGAAACUUUCUGUUAAACAGAUUGAGCUUGUUAAGAUGAAGUCAGAGAUAUUUAGAUUUGUAAAAAUGGUAACAGAGGCCAUUUAG